GUAAAUCAUGGCUAUGAAGAUCCCAAAGUCCGGUUACAACCGGUUCAUGAAGGAAGGAGCUCAGCACUUCAAAGGAACCGACGAGGCUGUUCAGAGGAAUAUCGAGGCCUGUACGGAGCUCGCUUCGCAGAUUCGAUCGGCCUACGGACCAAAUGGAAUGAACAAAAUGGUGAUUAACCACAUCGAGAAGCUCUUCGUCACCAACGACGCCGCCACCAUCCUCAAGGAGCUCGAAAUUCAGCAUCCGGCCGCCCGUAUCAUCAUUAUGGCCACCGAGAUGCAGGAGAAGCAGAUCGGAGACAACACGAACACCGUUGUGAUCUUGGCGGCCGCUUUGUUGGAGCACGCUGCGAAUCUCAUCCAUAUGGGAAUGACACCACAAGAAGUCGCUGCCGGAUACGAGCAAGCCGCCGAGAAAGCCCUCGAAAUCCUGCCAACAUUGGUUGUAAAAGAGGCUACAGAUAUGAAGAAUAUCGAAGAAGUCCGUCAAUAUAUUCGUUCAGCAAUCACCUCAAAACAGUACGAUAACGAGGAUAUUAUCGCUGAUUUGGUGGCAAAAGCGUGUGUAACCACGUGCCCGGCCAACAGUUUCAACUUCAACGUUGAUAAUAUCAGAAUCUGCAAGAUUAUUGGCUCAGGAGUUCAUACUUCAACAGUUAUGAACGGAAUGGUCUUUAAACGUGGAGCCGAGGGAGAAAUUCGUGAAGCUCGCGACGCUAGAAUUGCAGUUUAUACUUGUCCAUUUGACUUGACUCAGACUGAAACUAAGGGAACUGUUCUUAUUGAGAAUGCUGAUGAGCUUAGGAACUUCUCCAAGGGAGAGGAAGCUGAAGUUGAAGAGCAAGUUAAAGCUAUUGCUGAUAACGGUGUUAAGGUUGUCGUCGCCGCUGGAAAGUUCGGAGACAUGUACCUCCAUUUCCUGAAUAAAUACAAAAUUAUGGCCGUCCGUCUUACAUCAAAAUUCGAUCUUCGCCGCCUCUGCCGUACCGUCGGAGCUCAACCACAAGCAAGAAUCUGUGCUCCAGCUGUUAAUCUGUUGGGACACUGUGAUUCUGUGGCUGUUCAAGAGAUUGGAGACGAAAAUGUCGUCGUUUUCGAUAAGAAAUCGGAAACCGGAAAAGUCGCCACAAUCAUAAUCCGUGGAUCCUCUCAAUCUCGUAUUGAUGACGUCGAAAGAGCUGUCGAUGAUGCUGUAAACACCUAUAAAGCUCUUACAAAAGACGGGAAAUUGCUCGCCGGAGCCGGAGCCGUCGAAAUUGAGCUCGCCAAAGAAAUUGAGUCGUUUGGAGCAAAAGCACCUGGUUUGGAGCAAUAUGCAAUCAAAAAGUUCGCCCACGCACUCGAAACUCUUCCAAAAGCUAUUGCUGAGAACGCUGGAAUGCCAACCACUGAAACUCUGACAAAACUCUACGCGGAGCAUGUUGCUGGAAAGAAAAACGCUGGAAUUGAUAUCUGGAAGCGGGAAACAAUGGACGCCGUCGUCAACAACAUUUUCGACCUCUACGCUGGAAAACGACUGGCAAUUAAGCUCGCCACAGACGCCGCCAGCACAAUUCUCAAAGUUGAUCAGAUUAUUAUGUCAAAGCAGGCGACUGGAGGACCAAAACCACGUGGACCAAAGGCUCAAGAUGAGGAUGACGAUGGAAUGGCCUAAUUUUUUUGUGUGCAUUUUUGCUGAAAAAUUGGGGAAAUUUGAGUGAAAAUGAGCUGAAAAUCGAUUUUUCAGCGAAAUUUUAGACAAUUUUCCCCCACUUUUUCAGAUUUUCCCCUCGAAUUUCCCCGCCGUUUCCCUGGGAAUUGAGCUGAAAUUGCAAUUAUCUUGAAAAUUCGCUUAACAGUUUUUAGCUCAUUUUCCACCAUUUUUCCCCGUAUUUUUUAAAUUUUCCCGCUCUAUAUGCCUUCUCCGUAUGAUUUUUUGCAAUUUCCCCGUUUUUAUUGAUUUUCGCUGGAAAAUGAGCUGAAAAUUCGAUUUUUGCUUAAAAAUUAAUUUUUUUUUUUUAACGCGAAAAUUCAGUUCCAAAUUUACUCGAUUUUGGUCAAAUUUAGCUAAAAAUUUGCAUUUUUCAGCCAAAAUUUUCCAGUUUUUGCCAGAAAAUGGGCUUAAAAUUGUCAUUUUCUUCUGAAAAAUCGAACUUUUGCCCCAUUUUCAGCCGAAUUUCAGCCUUUUUCCUCCAAUUCUCCAUAAUUUUUAAUGCUAUCCCCCAACCCGUUCUGAAUCUGAAAAUCACAGUUUAUGAUCUUAAAAUUGCGCCUUAAAUUCUAUAAUUUUCAGCUUUUCCCCCUCGAAAUUUUGUUUUUUUUUCUCGUUUUUUGCUUCACGUUGUGUUUGUUAUAAAAUUCUCCAAAAAAAUCACAAAA